UCACAGUUUAUUCUUUUAGUCCACAUUUUCGAGACCGUCUCAAGUGGUUUUUGAAUUCUGUGCGUGUACGAUUAACUUUUAUUUGAGUUUUUGAAAAGGGACUUUACAACGUUUACUGGCGUCACGUUUUCUCUAAUUUUGACAGGACCAGCAAGGUGUCACUGACACAACAGUCCCGUCCCGGUGACAGCAUGGCUUCAGGUGGGCCAGACGAGGGACAGACAGGUGGGAGCCCAGCUGAGCCCAGCCUUAACACUGGUGAAGACGCCCAGGAGGCUCCAUCAGCGUUACCGGUAACAGAGCAGAACGAGGAUAUAGUCAAAGUGUGCCAAUUUUUCCUCAUGGGAAAGUGUCACUUUGGCCACAAAUGUCGUUCAUCUCACAGUGACCCAUCGCUUGAUGAUUCAGGGGCAGUAUCUCCUGACCCAGAUGAAAAACAGGAUGUAGAAAAGAUGGAAAGGCACAAGAAGAAAAAGGGCGGUGGAAAUAAAGGGGCAAAACCAAAAUAUGAUGAGGGGAAAGAGAUGAACAAAAAGCCUCGUAUGCGGACAGCAGAUGAUGUGAUCUCUCGAAUCCUGUGGGACUCAUCAGUAGAUUCAUCAGGAUUUGUCGUCGGCUACGUGGAUCGCUUCCUUGGAGUCCUUGAGCGCCCCUUCUGUGAGUUCAACUGGGACAUCAACCCCUGUGACUGUGAUUUCUCUUCUGAGCUGGCCCUGCCCAGACACAGGAUCCAAUACUUUUCCUACAGAGGGCACCGCGUCUGGGACCGGCACACCAGGACUGACAGGGUUUUUGGUUCCACUGGUCAAUCUCUGGCUCCCCCCUUUGGAGGGGUGGGAGAAGUAAAAGAGGAAGUCAACCAAGAUGACCAAGCACAACAAGAUCAUUUUGAAACGAAAGGCGAACAGCCAGCUGCUGUUAGAGGGCAGGGCGAGGGUGAAAAGGAAGUCUUUACUCAUAUCAAGAAGACACAUCUGGAGGAAGAGGAGCUGAAUGAGAUGAUUCACGGCUGUAAUUCUACUCAUUUGGGAGGAAAUGACUCUCAGGCACAAGAGGAAUCUUGUGGGACAUGUGUUGCGAAGGAGUCCACAAACAGACAGACUUUGACUGAGCAAAAUACAUCCUUUCAAGAGGAGGAGAUUGAUGUGAAAAACGAAGGGGAAGAGGAAAGUUUCCCAGAAUGGGAAGAAAGCUGCGAUGGAAAUGAAAACACUCGGAUGAGCCAGGAUCCAUUAGGGCCUCUGGAUCAGCGAGAGGAGAUGUGUGUCGGACGUCCCCUUAAAAAACAACCCACUCACUUCAUCUCCUUCAGGGCCAACACUCCCGCUGUCCUCUCCUGUUUCCAGCAGCUAAAGGAUGAGAUCACGGCCCUUCUACCCUCGUCUGCUCCUUACUGGCAGACUGCCUCCAGGCUUCAUGUCACCCUGUGCCUCCUGGUGUUGCGCUGUCCAGCUGAGGUGGAAGCUGCUGGAGAGAUUCUCCGUCGCUUUGCCUAUUUGGAUCGAAACCCACCCAUUGCCGUGACCUUUCCUGUGAAGCUGAAGCAUUUUAAUGGGAAGGUGCUGUACCUGAGCCCGCAGCCUCAGCUUCCCCUCCAGCAGCUCAACAGCGGUCUGCAGGAGGCCUACAGGAACGAGGGCUGGCUCCACAGGAGCUCCUACAACCCACGGUACCACCUCACUUUAGCCAAGGUGGAACGUACUGUGGAGGAAAGGACUUUUCAAGCGGUAGGGGACUUGAAGGUGGGAAAGGGUUUGAAUUUUGGUCGUCUUCCAGUUAACACCUUACACCUUUGUGUCGUCAGAGGCCCGGGGUUUGAUGGGUUUUAUGAAACAUUGUACACAGUAGCUCUUCGAUGAUGAAGUAUCUUUAAAGUAUAAUCCUGAAAAUGUUAGUACUGUAUGAGAUUUUUAAAAUCUAUAUGUGGGUGCAAUCGUGGCCUUUUUUAUGAUAAAAUAUACUCUGAAAUACCUUUGUGACAUAUUUAUCAGAAAACAUUUUAAAUGAAACCUUACUCAGGACUACUAUUUAUUCAUACUGAAUACUUUUCGUUUGUAAAAUGUUGAUGUGGUAUCUUUGAAUUACAUUCAGAUUAGAGGGUUUUAUUUUUCUGAAUUACUGUAUUCUUUUAAAGGUUUACGUUAAAGUGCACCUUGAUAAUUCUAUAUGAGUAAUCCACAUGUGACAAGUCACUUAUGUUUAAAUCCCAUAUUUAAAAACGCUAAGAAUUACUUCAUUUUUAAUUUGUAUUCUUUAUUUCAUUCAUUGAUUAAAGUAAAAGAACAAUUUGAUAUAAAAACAAACGUUCCUAAAUUUUGAAUGAAAGGGAACAGAAAGAAAAAUAAUCUUAUUUAAUCUGCCCCAUUACCCCAAGAAAUCAUUAAAGUGAUUUCAUUUCAAGGUGAUGGAAGAUGUUAAAUUAAAGCAAUCCAAGCUGAUUAAAACUGCUUAAAACACUACAAGAAAAUUGACACACUAAAAGAAAACCAAAUAAAAAAAAUUUACUAAUAAAAUCCCUGAAAAGAAUUAGAGCCUGACAUGUAAUAAUCAAUAUGCAAUAAGGGGAGAAGUGUGCAGAACUAAAGCAAUAUUGAAAAAAAAAACCCAUACAUAAAACAGACAGUUGAUAAACAAAGCUACUAAUAUGGAUUCAAAUUAAUAAAAGUACAGAUGACUACAAUAUAAACUUUAUUUUCCUGUUUCCUUGUUAAAAUCCAGAAUCUUCAGUCUUCAUUUCUGUCUUUAACUGAUAGAAACAGAGAUUUUUAAGUGUGUACGUGUAGAUUUUCAGUGAAGGGCAGGACCAGGUUGGUCAGUGACAGACAGCAGAUCUCAGGAUCAAUGUGAGCCCGGGGUGAGCCCGACCAGUGAUCUUUUAGUGCAUGUCAUCCUUUCCCCCCUGCUUUCCUGUUUACAUGCUGUCAAGUGGCACUAGAGUCCAGAAGCCUUCAGAAUCAUGUUUAUUUGGCCAAGUCAGGGCAAACAAGACGUGGAAUUUGACUCGGUUAUCUUUCAAAACAUCAGGUGAACCUUAAACAGUGAACCGCCACCUGUCACUUCUAAAUGAGAAAAUUAGUUACACAGCCAAAGACCCAUCUGCCUUUUCUUUAAGCUUAUUUUUUAAAUUAAAUUUCCUCAGUAACAUGAUACUUCACUUCUGUUGUUUAAGGGUAAACCUUUGAAACAUGACAGUUUUAAUAUGAUUUUACAGCAUUUUAUGGCCACAAAUAAUCAGACUAUGAAGGCUCAGAAAAUGACAACUUCAUCAACAUGUAGUUUCAUUCACAGUUGAAAUCAUCUACAAAGUUUAAAAUAAGAACAUUAUUUGGCAUUCUCUCGUUUAGUAGUAUCGUUUUAUAAACAGACACACUUGCUGUGAAGAUUACAGAUAGAUAAAUCGCUGAUGAGAGCAAAACUCAACUUUGAUGUAAAGUUCUCAAUAACCAGAAUAGUUCUGUACAGCAUGCAAUACUUUGAUUUGUGCAAUCUGCUUUAUAUGAAUAUUGUAUGGACUGCGUUCCACAAGACUGAUUACUUUGUAUUCUCCCCUACAAAUUACUGUUAUUACUAGUUUGGCUGUAAAAUUAAAUAUUAAAUUGGUUU